UCUCCCUCUCUCUGUGUGCGUGGUCGGUAACUUCAUAUAUAUAUAUAUAUCCAAAACCAGUCACUUCCUAUUUCUCUCUCUAAAAUUUUCAUAAAUUCUGCCUAUUUCCGUUUUUCAGGGGGAAAAAGGGAAAAAUCUUCAUCUUCCCUCCAAAGGGAAACUUGAAAGGUUUUUCCGGAGUUCCAACAAGUGCAGAGGAGCUUAGAAUCUGUGAUCCUGUUGAGACAUGAAUCCGAGAAGGGACCUCCGUGGUAACAGAGCUGCUCUUUUUGAUGGCAUUGAGGAGGGUGGAAUCAGGGCAUCAUCAUCUUACUCUCAUGAAAUUGAUGAACAUGAUAAUGAAAGAGCAAUUGAAGGAUUGCAAGAUAGAGUCAUUCUGCUGAAGAGACUGUCAGGUGAUAUAAAUGAGGAGGUGGACAAUCAUAAUCGUAUGCUGGACAGAAUGGGCAACGAUAUGGAUUCAUCGAGGGGAGUGCUGUCAGGAACCAUGGAUCGUUUUAAGAUGGUUUUUGAGACCAAAUCAAGCCGGAGAAUGUUUACACUAGUGGCAUCAUUCGUGGUCAUUUUCCUAGUAAUAUACUAUCUCACUAGGUAAAUCAAUCCGUGAUGGAUUGGUGCAACUACUAGGUGUAUGUUGGAGCUGGAAAACUUUGGUUCUCUUUUUCAAUUGUAAUCAGUGUUUACCGAAUGUUUGUAAGAUACUGUGGCUUGUCUUGUAAAGAUACUUUCAGUGUAUCCAAUGGGGAGUUGAAUUGUGUGGAA